AUGGACACUGAAGUGAAGACGACGCUGGAGCUACCGCCCGCGCCGCGGUCACCAUGGGACUUUGUCUAUGUCUUGUCGCCCGUGAUCAAGUACUACGUGGCGCUCCUAUUGCUGUUCGUAGGCGCCCGUUGGUUUAACCGCCAGUUGGGCAAUGACGCGGAGGUGCCGGAGCGUCAGCCGCUCCGACCCGUGUUGUCCCCGGAACUGACAAUUGAGAGUUCCGACAGCGACGAGGACGAAGAGGAUGGGGGAGAGGACGAGGGAGAGGACGAAGAAGACAUCAAAGAGCUGGUGACAAGUGGAAACAGUCUCGUUCCAAUGACGCGUCAGAAGAAGAAGAAGCAGCAGCAGCAGCAGCAGCGGAAACAGAAGAACGCGGCCAAAGCGCUCUUUGAUGGGCUUCGAAAAGUGGAGCAGGAGCUACAAGACAAAAAGGCGCAGGACGAUGAAGCACGCGACAACGUCAGCUGGAACGAGCUGCACAUGAAGAUGUUGAAACGCUACAAGGACAAGUACCCGGAUCACGGGCCUCGCGUGGCCACUGAAACGACCGACAAGUACGACGAGGAGUUUCACGCGUUGCUGCGUGAGAACAAUAUCGAUUUGGACAUGCUCACGAGAGAGACUGCACACGGGAGCAAGCAGACACCCGACUGA